GACUGUUUGCUCCUACGGGCUGUAGAUGGAGCUGUCCGGCCCCGGCGAGGGGGAAGGCGCCUGCAGAACGUUCUUCUUCUCCCUGGCCGGCCCGAGCGGGGAACAGCACUCCCAGGAUGCAGUUUGUGUCAACACGGCCACAGCCUCAGCAGCUGGGCAUUCAGGGCCUGGGGCUGGACAGCGGGAGCUGGAGCUGGGCCCAGGCUCUGCCCCCGGAGGAGGUCUGCCACCAGGAUCCGGCGCUGCGCGGGGAAAUGGCCGAGGGAAUGCCGCCCAUGCAGGCUCAAGAAUGGGACAUGGAUGCCCGGCGACCUAUGCCUUUUCAGUUCCCGCCCUUCCCAGACAGGGCACCCGUCUUCCCUGACCGUGUGAUGAGAGAGCCCCAGUUGCCCACGGCCGAGAUCUCCCUCUGGACCGUGGUGGCCGCCAUUCAAGCAGUGGAGAGGAAGGUGGAUGCCCAGGCCAGCCAGCUGCUAAAUCUGGAGGGACGGACGGGGACAGCCGAGAAGAAACUGGCCGACUGUGAGAAGACGGCCGUGGAGUUCGGGAACCACAUGGAGAGCAAGUGGGCCGUGCUGGGGACCCUGCUGCAGGAGUACGGGCUGCUGCAGAGGCGGCUGGAGAACAUGGAGAACCUGCUGAGGAACAGGAACUUCUGGGUCCUGCGGCUGCCCCCCGGCAGCAAGGGGGAGGUCCCCAAGGUUCCGGUGACUUUUGUCGACAUUGCUGUGUACUUCUCUGAGGACGAGUGGAAGAACUUGGAUGGAUGGCAGAAGGAGCUUUACAACAACCUUGUGAAGGAGAACUACAAAACCCUCAUGUCCCUGGACGCAGACGGUCCUGGGCCCAAGCCAGAGGCCCCAUCCCAAGCUGAGCCCAGGGAAGAGCCUUGCGUGUGGGAGCAGCGUAACCCAGAAGAGAGAGAAAUCCUGAUGGAUCCUGACACAGGAGCGGAGCCUCUGGUGCCUGCACAAGACGCGUCUCAGGUGAAGCGUGAGGAAGCCCUGUGUGUCCGGGGUCAGCGGGGGCUGGAGGAAAGAGCUAUCCCCACGGAGUCCAUUACCGACUCGCCAGCCUCUGCCCAGGACCUCCUGUCCCGGAUCAAACAGGAGGAGAACCCGUGCGUGUGGGAUCAGCAGGACUUGGCAGAGAGAGAUAUUCCAACGGACCCCAAUUCAGAGUCUCUGAUCUCAGCACAUGACAUUUUGUCAUGGAUCAAGCAGGAGGAGCAGCCGUACCCGUGGGGCCCUCGCGACUCAAUGGAAGGAGAGCUGGGAUUAGACUCUGGCCCCAGUGACAACCUGCUGCUGGUGAAGAACCCGGCCCCGGCCCAGCCGCCCCAGCCCGCUCAACCCAGCCUGCCCCCACCUCCGGUGGCCGAGAAUGCCGGCGGCCCCCUGAGCCGGGGCGCGGCCGGGCUGCUGGAUGACAGCUUCCCAGCACUGGCUGGGGAGCGGGGCCCGGCUGGCGGGGCGCAGGCUGGCAGCGGCGGGGGCGCAGGCGGGGGACCCGGGGGCGGUGGGGGCUGCGGCAGCUGCUGCCCGGGGGGCGGGCUCCGGCGGGGCCUCCUGCAAGGCGCGCGCAGCAAGCCCUACUCGUGCCCCGAGUGCGGCAAGAGUUUCGGGGUGCGCAAGAGCCUCAUCAUCCACCACCGCAGCCACACCAAGGAGCGGCCCUACGAGUGCGCCGAGUGCGAGAAGAGCUUCAACUGCCACUCGGGCCUCAUCCGGCACCAGAUGACGCACCGCGGCGAGCGGCCCUACAAGUGCUCCGAGUGCGAGAAGACCUACAGCCGCAAGGAGCACCUGCAGAACCACCAGCGGCUGCACACGGGCGAGCGGCCCUUCCAGUGCGCGCUGUGCGGCAAGAGCUUCAUCCGCAAGCAGAACCUGCUCAAGCACCAGCGCAUCCACACGGGCGAGCGGCCCUACACGUGCGGCGAGUGCGGCAAGAGCUUCCGCUACAAGGAGUCGCUCAAGGACCACCUGCGUGUGCACAGCGGGGGCCCUGGCCUGGGCGCCCCGCGGCCCCUGCAGGCGCCGCCUGACCGAGACUAGGGCUGGGCUGGGGGAGGGAGGGCCAGCGGCAGGCGCAGGGGUGCGGAGGGCCUGGGGGCGGCCUGACGACCCUCGAUCCUGCUGUGGCUCCCAGUGCGCCUUCCCUCCCUCCACCUGCCACCCGCUGGAAAUCGGGAACAGGAAUUACACUCUAAACAGGGUCCCCAAGAGUUGGACAGGGGUCCCCUAGACCUGUCCAGCCUGAAUGGACGGCCCAGCUCAUCUCCUAGGUGGAUCAAGGGGCCGGCUGAGCGGCUUCCCGCAGGGAAGGUGCGGGAGGGACAGUGAGGAGGCCAGAGGCUUCCCGCACGCCCGCAGACACCUGGAGUGCCCAUUUGGCCACUGGGGUCACAGAUUGUGAUCAAGGGAAGCAGCCAGGGAGUCUCGGAAGCCCGAGAUCAGGAAAUCAGGUCCCAAGGCCGAGACGCUGCAAGAGGAAGCAAAGGUGUGACUGAGCUGAGGGAUGUGCUAAGGGAUGCCACCUCCAUGACGACAACACUGCCUCGCGUUUGAAUAGCGCUUUAUACUUUUUUAAACGUGUUUUCUAUCCGUUAUCUAUUUUCACCCUUAGCCUAUCCCUCUGUGGUAGGUGGGGGUAGGGUUUGCCUGACUCGGUAACCAAGGAAAGGAGGUGCAGGCCAGAUGGUUUAGCCCAGAUUACAGAAGAGCGGCAGAGCUGGGACCAGGGCUCCUGACCCAGCGCAGUGUCCCCACCACACACACUGCCUACCUCCCGUGUUUGAGAGACAGACCUCUCUGGCCUUGCCUCUCCUGGUCUCUCCCUUGCCCCUGACCCACCAAAAGUAACCAGAAGCCACCGGGGACAAUUCGUGGGGUUACUGGGAAUGGGGAACAGAUGGGCAACAGAAUGCCUCAGGAUGUGCUUCCGAAAGACUCUUCCUAUGUGGGCACUUCUGGGGCCCAGGGCCCAUCCCCCAGCCCGUCCCUCCCACCUCUAGUCCCUCAACCUGGUGCAACCCAUCUUGCUACUACACAGUAGUGACCCGGCCCCCCAGAGGCAGCUGGUGCCCUGGGUCAGAGCUCACCCUGAUGAUUUAUUCCAGUUUCCCCAGAGCCAAAGGGUGAGAGCAAGGCUCAUGCUGCAGGGGCCGCCAUCGAGGAAGUGAAUCUCUUCCCAGGAGGGCCAGGCAGUGGGUGCUAGAGGCCGAGAGCCUCAGUCUCUCUCCUGCCCUGAGCCUCCCAACCGGUGCUAUCUGUUAACUGACCAUGCUCACGGACAUGGACGUGGACACAGACCUCCUCUGCUCCAGACCCUGCAGGCGCCUCAGGAGGCGCCCAGAGGACUCCCUUGUGUUGGUGCAAUGCUCCAUGGUCCUGAGGGGCCACCGUCUCCAUUUCUGCGUCUUGCAUGGCCAGGCACUGGGGUGGGGUGGCAUGCCCCAGGACCCUUGUUUGUGUUGAGAAUGACUUUUCCUGCGCCGCCCAUCCACCCCACUUCUCUCCCAUCCGGGAGCACAGUGGGCAGCCUGCACCUGGCACCACAUUUGUGAGCGCUCUGCUUCCUCCCUCACCCGCACCGCUUGGCUUUCCUCAGACCCCUGUUUGCCAUGCAAAGGGAAUUCUUGAAAUUAAAUAAAAGGUGUCCAGAUUGCAGACUG